GAAACUGACAUAUGCAAACAAAGUCAAGGUUUGAAAGCUGGCUCACUGCUCUUUUCUUUCUGAUUUGAUUUGGUUUAAGAAUAAGCUGAUGGGUGUGGCUUAAAGACCCCAGAUGCUCUGAGAGGAACAGGUUGUUGCUCAAGCAAAGUACCUGUGUAAGAUAUCAGCUUUAUGUACUCAAGCAGAAAACAGUCUAUAGAAGUCACCAGUCUCCUGGCCUGAAAAGAAAACGGAACCAUGAGUACAGCAGGAAAAGUAAUCAAAUGCAAAGCAGCUGUGCUAUGGGAGUUAAAGAAACCCUUUUCCAUUGAAGAGGUGGAGGUCGCACCCCCUAAGGCCCAUGAAGUUCGUAUUAAGAUGGUGGCCUCAGGAAUCUGUCGCUCUGAUGAUCACGUGGUUACUGGAGCGCUUGUUGUGCCUCUCCCCAUAAUCUUAGGCCAUGAGGCCGCCGGCAUUGUGGAAAGCAUUGGAGAAGGAGUGACUACAGUAAAACCAGGUGACAAAGUCAUUCCACUCUUUACUCCCCAGUGUGGAAAAUGCAAUGUUUGUAAACACCCGCAAGGCAACCUCUGUGUGAAAAAUGAUCUGAGCAAACCUCGGGGGACCUUGCAAGAUGGUACUAUCAGGUUCACCUGCAGAGGGAAGCCCAUCUACCAUUUCCUUGGCAUCAGCACCUUCUCCCAGUAUACGGUGGUGGAUGAGUUUUCAGUGGCCAAGAUCGAUGCAGCCUCACCACUGGAGAAAGUCUGUCUCAUUGGCUGUGGUUUUUCUACUGGUUAUGGGUCUGCAGUCAACGUUGCCAAGGUCACCCCAGGCUCCACCUGUGCCGUGUUUGGCCUUGGAGGAGUCGGCCUGUCUGUUAUCAUGGGCUGUAAAGCAGCCGGAGCAGCCAGGAUUAUUGGGGUGGACAUCAACAAAGACAAGUUUGCAAAGGCCAAAGAGGUGGGUGCCACUGAGUGCAUUAGCCCUCAGGACUACAAGGAACCAAUCCAGGAGGUGCUGAAGGAAAUAAGUGGUGGCAGUGUGGAUUUUUCAUUUGAAGUCAUUGGGCGGCUUGACACUAUGGUGGCUGCCUUGUCCUGCUGUCAAGAGUCAUAUGGUGUAAGCGUUAUUGUAGGAGUACCUCCUAAUUCACAAAGUCUCUCUAUGAACCCCAUGUUGCUAUUGACUGGACGUAGCUGGAAAGGAGCAAUUUUUGGUGGCUUUAAGAGUAAAGAUUCUGUCCCCAAACUUGUGGCUGAUUUUAUGGCUAAGAAGUUUCCGCUGGAGUCAUUAAUAACCCACGUUUUACCUUUUGAAAAAAUAAAUGAAGGAUUUGACCUGCUUCGCUCUGGAAAGAGCAUUCGUACCGUCCUAACCUUCUGAGACCUUACAAAUGCCUUCACUAGCAGUAGUCUUUUGGCUCCAGCACCUCCUGGAAAAGUGAACCAAACAUCAUUAAUUCUGUUCUUCAGAAAUGCAAUCAAUUAAUCAUACAUGGGUGCUUUCCAAAAGAAACAAAAACUGAUGUGAAAUCCUUUUUUUAAGCCAAUGUUGAAAAUUCAAGUGAGAGCUAAAUGCACCGUUAGCUGCAGAGUUGAGUCCAGAAAACUUUCUUUCUUAAUCAUUCUUCUCAUGUUGAUUUAUGGCAUCUUUCUCAUUGAGGGAAAAGUCUGUAUUUCCUUGACUUCUUGCACUUUUUGUACCCUUGCCACCCUUAGUCACUGAAACCCAGGGGAGGAGGUCCCCAUUAUACUUGCCCGCCAACAUACACAUGAUGAGCUACUGCACUUGAACUCUACUAUGUCUAUUUCCACUGUCUGUAUUUUUCUUUAUAUGAAAUGUACCAAAGCCCAAGGGGAAGCUAUUGUCUGAGAAAGGAUACACUUAGAUUUACAAGUAGAGAAGAUCUAGAACUUCUAUAUACAGGGAAUUUCAUUUUUAAAAAAAAUUGAAGUGUAGCUGACACACAAUCUUAUAUUAGUUUCAGAUGUACGACAUAGUGAUUCAACAUUUAUGGAAUUAUGAAGUGAUAAUCACGAUAAAUCUACCAUCUGUCACCAUUCACAGUUAUUACCAUAUUAUUAACUAUAUUUUUAAGUGCAAGAAAUUUUUUAGGGAAAUGUCACAUCUUUAUAUGACAGAGGGAAGUACACUUACUGCUUUUUUUCAUACUGUUUGCAGUGAAUAUAUUCUUUUAAACAGAAGUAGUUUCAUGCUACAUGUGAUAAAUAUGAGAUUCAGAUAUUAAGUGUGAAAACUGAACUAUUCCUGGAACCAUAUUCAAAAAUCUGUAAUUUUUUGUGCUUUAUUGGCUAAAUAUUUAGUUAAUUAUUAUAAUUAAUUGAAAAUUAAUUAUUAUAAUUAAUGAAAACUAAAUAUUUAGUUAAUUAUUAUAAUUAAUUGAAAAUUGAGUCAUAAAAUAAUUAAAAAAUAAUAUGGUGACUUGAAGUGUAGGGAUUGUACUAAAGUAACUGUGCACACAAUAUGUAAAUGGGUAACUAAGAAAUGGACAAACAUCCAAAACAAUAUAUUUUCUGAGGAAACAUAUAUGCAUAUACAGAUGUGCAUUUUUAAUCUAGAACUUCUCUAUUAACUACCAUGUCUUAAAUCUAUAAUCCUGAAAUUAAUUUAAUUUUUUGAAUAAAUAAGAGCAUAUGGUACUCAUUUGCUCAUGCUUUCCCACUCUCAAGGGAAGAUUUGCAUUUUAAGCUUCAUCUCUAAAUGUACAUAAAAGGCUUAUUUCUUUAAGGGAUUUUGUCUCUCUCCAAAAGUGUUGUUUCUGUGUCUACAAUUUGUUGAUAUUGUGGAAAGGACUUUGGACUUAGAGCAAGUGGCUAAUGAUCUAUCACUUAAUGGUGACCUUCAGGAAGAGUUACUCAACUUCUCUGAGCCCACUUCAUCCUUUGUUUUAAAGAAUUACUCUAAACACAGGACCACAAAAACUUUUUGUUGUUGUUUUAAAAUGUAAAAGAUUAAUUUAGUGCCUUGGGCACACUUUUGAUUGUAGAGGAUAUAUGGCGUCAGCACUGACAGAUCAUACAGAUACAAAGAAUUCUAGCUAUGACAUAUUAAAGGUUCGUGCCAGUUCUGCAGAACAGCCUUUUGAAAGAUACUGCAGGGGCCUCAGAGCAGCAUGCUUCAGAAGGAGGUUCUCCAUAGGUUGAAAUGCCAAAAACCUAAAACCUAUAUGCUGACUCACAUAAUUUGGUCCAUCGUAACUGAGCCUUUACUAUUAAAACCAAUGAUUCAGUAUUACACAUGUACUUUGCCCAGCAGUGCCACACUCUCACCAGGUGAUUCUGGGUUACCUGCAGACCAAGGCAGAGAAGACAAUACCUGUCAACACCCCUAUCUGACAGAUGGUUCACAGUCUCAGACCAACCCUACAGUCACAAUGAUAGUGAAAGGAGAAAAGGGGGAUUGCCUUUUCACCAAUGUAGAAAUGGGGAGGGGAAAGUAGAUGGCAACCAAAAUGUGAAUCAGUGUGAUACAAUGAUGCCUGUGUCAGCUGGGCUUUUGCUGAACAAACCAGCAACUCUUAACAAUCAGCACCACUUCGCCUGGACACCCCUGAGGUCUUAGUCCUGUCCAGUAGUCAGCCUGUCCAUUGUACUUCUGUGUGCCUGCCCCCUACUGUCUGUGUGAGGUACAUCUGAUAUAUUCAUUCCCAUGAAAUAAAUUGCUAGCAAACUAACUUUUUAACUACUGAAAAAGAGAUUAAAAACUUUUACUUAAGCCAUGCUCAAAUUAUGGACUGUAUUUCUUAUUUUUAGAAAUCAAUCUUUACCUUUAAAAUUUUAAAAGAAAAAAACAGAUACUGAUAAAGUUUCCAUGUACAUGUGUUCUCUUCUCUUCAUGCUGCCAGCAAGCCACAUCAAAAGCCAUAAAAAAAAGUGCUCAGGUAUAUGUGUAAAUCAGAAAGUGAUUUAUUUACAGAUCAAAGUCUUUGUUUCAUGGAGCUACCAAACUUUUUCAUUCUACACCUGAAACUAAUAUUACACUGUAUGAUAACUAACUGAAAUUUAAAUAAAAACUUGGGGGAAAAAUUCA